GCCGCCACGGCCUUUGUCCAGCCGCGCAGGGAAGUGCCGAAGAUUUCUAGGGUGUCUGAUCUCUCCUGCUAGUUCGCCAAAAUGACAAAGAGAACCAAGAAGGCUGGCAUCGUUGGCAAGUAUGGCACUCGUUAUGGUGCUAGUUUGAGGAAGCAAAUUAAGAAGAUGGAAGUAAGUCAGCACAGCAAGUACUUCUGUGAGUUUUGUGGGAAGUAUGCGGUGAAGAGGAAGGCUGUGGGAAUAUGGGGUUGCAAAGAUUGCGGUAAAGUGAAAGCAGGAGGGGCUUACACGUUGAAUACUGCAAGUGCCGUGACUGUGAGGAGUACCAUAAGAAGGUUGAGGGAGCAGACAGAAAGCUAGAUGAACUACCAGAUUUAUCAUUUCUAUCAAUUGACGAGGAGGCAUGGAGUAAUUUUGUUGAGGUUUAGUCUCUUUAAUUUCGUAUAUUUUUCCCGAAUUUUAACGAAAGUUCUGAAGUUAAAUCAAGCUUGUUGAAUCUAGUUUUGACGAUAUUUAUUUUAGAAUUUGAAUUUUAGUUUAGCAUUAUGAGC